ACAGGGAUGCUGGGUUUGGGCAACGUAAAUUGAACAGGCGCUUUGGAGACAGCUGUCGGUCAGGGUCCUUCCGUCGUCAACACCGGAGUCACACGUGAACAGUAAACAGACUAGGUCAGGAUGGGUCGCUCCUCCAAAGAUAAGAGGGACAUUUACUACCGUCUAGCCAAAGAGGAGGGCUGGAGAGCGAGGAGCGCUUUCAAGCUGCUGCAGCUCGACCACGAGUUCAACCUGUUCACAGGUGUGAACAGAGCAGUGGAUCUAUGUGCAGCUCCUGGCAGCUGGAGUCAGGUCCUCAGUCGGAAACUCAGGGGAGUGGAGGAAAAGAGUGAGAAGGCCGAGGGGGGUGAGGAGGUGAAAAUCGUGGCCGUGGACCUGCAGGCCAUGGCUCCUCUGCCGGGAGUCACUCAGAUCCAGGGGGACAUCACCAAGGUGUCAACGGCUCAGGAGAUAAUCCGCCACUUUGAGGGUCAGCCGGCUGACCUGGUGGUGUGUGACGGAGCUCCAGAUGUAACUGGGCUCCAUGAUGUGGAUGAGUACAUCCAGGCUCAGCUCCUAUUGGCUGCUCUGAACAUCACCACUCAUGUCCUGAAACCUGGAGGGACGUUUGUGGCCAAGAUCUUCAGAGGUAAAGAUGUGACACUGCUGUACUCUCAGCUGAAGAUCUUCUUCAGUGGCGUGACCUGCGCCAAACCUCGCAGCAGCAGGAACUCCAGCAUCGAGGCCUUCGUGGUAUGUCAGAAUUACUCUCCUCCUGAAGGUUACGUCCCCAACAUGUCCAACCCUCUGCUGGAUCACUCCUAUGAUGUGGACUUUAACCAGUUAGAGGGUCCGAACCGUGUCAUUGUUCCCUUCCUGGCGUGUGGGGAUCUCAGUGCCUUCGAUUCAGACAGAACUUACCCUCUGCAGCUGGAAGCCGGUAAAGAGUAUCAGUACACUCCCCCCACCCAGCCGCCAAUAUGUCCUCCAUAUCAGCAGGCCUGCCACCUCCGCAAAAACAACCUGCUGUCCAGAGAGGACGCUGUGUCUAACUGUCCCAGCACAAGUCAAGAUGAGACAGAGCCACCGGCUGAGUCCACCUGACCUGACCUGACCUGGUCUGCUUGCUGCUGAUUGGUGGAGGAAGACAUGAGGAGAUGGAGGAUGGAGUUUCUAUUAAAGGAGCAGUCUGACAUUUUGGAACAUGUUGGGGAAACUUUUUUUUUUUUGUCUGAUAAGAAGAUGGAUAUUGAUUUACAGAUAUAGGACAAAGACUUGCUUAGCCCAGCCCAGUUUCCUCCUGCCUCAAGUCUUUGUGCUGAGCUAGUAUAAACAUGCUCGUGACCUAUCACUCUACUGGAUACUUUUCCAAAUGGAAAAGCUUUUUAUUGUUUUGCCUGAUUUUACAUGGAGUACUUUGUCACAAACCUGCCAUGCAUCAGGCUGACUAAUUGUAAACAUUUCAUAUUUUAAAAAUAAAUGUAAUUUCUUG